GCACCCUUCGGGGUAGCCGACAUUGUCGUCGUCAUUGUUUACUUCGCCUUUGUCCUCGCCGUCGGGAUCUGGUCAUCCAUACGAGCCAGCCGGGGAACCAUUGGAGGCUAUUUCCUGGCAGGACGAUCUAUGACCUGGUGGCCUAUCGGAGCGUCUCUGAUGUCGAGCAACGUGGGCAGUGGUUUGCUCAUUGGCCUGGCGGGCACUGGAGCAGCUGGGGGCCUUGCUGUUGGGGGCUUUGAGUGGAAUGCUACCUGGGCGCUCCUGGCUCUCGGCUGGAUCUUUGUGCCUGUUUACAUCGCAGCAGGAGUGGUCACUAUGCCAGAGUACCUGCAAAAGAGAUUUGGAGGGCAGAGGAUUCAAAUCUACAUGUCCGUACUGUCCCUCAUUCUCUAUAUAUUCACCAAGAUAUCCACAGACAUUUUCUCUGGAGCAUUGUUUAUCCAAAUCUCUUUGGGCUGGAACCUCUACUUGUCCACUGUGGUUUUGCUAGCAGUGACUGCUGUCUAUACUAUAGCUGGUGGAUUAACAGCUGUGAUAUACACAGAUGCACUGCAGACACUGAUCAUGGUGCUGGGAGCUUUGGUGCUCAUGUUCAUUGGAUUUGAAAAAGUUGGCUGGUAUGAAGGACUUAAGGAGAAAUACAGCAUGGCUGUGCCAACGGUCAUAGUCCCCAACACAACCUGUCACCUCCCACGUGCAGACGCCUUUCAUUUGUUAAGGGAUCCGAUCACAGGAGACAUUCCUUGGCCUGGCCUUAUAUUUGGCCUUUCGGUGCUGGCUCUUUGGUGCUGGUGCACUGACCAGGUGAUAGUCCAGAGGUCUCUCUCUGCCAAGAAUCUCUCCCAUGCCAAAGGUGGAUCAGUGCUGGGAGGGUAUUUGAAAAUUUUCCCAAUGUUUUUCGUUGUCAUGCCAGGAAUGAUCAGCAGAUCUCUCUACCCAGAUGAAGUAGGAUGUGUGGACCCAAACAUCUGUAAAAAGGUCUGUGGAGUUGCAGUGGGUUGUUCUAACAUUGCCUACCCUAAGCUCGUAAUAGAACUUAUGCCUGAAGGGCUGCGGGGUUUGAUGAUCGCUGUGAUGAUGGCAGCCCUGAUGAGUUCCCUGACCUCCAUCUUCAACAGCAGCAGCACCCUCUUCGUUAUAGACAUCUGGCAGCGGAUCCGCAGAAAGGCUUCAGAGCAGGAGCUGAUGAUUGUGGGCAGAGUCUUUAUCCUCAUCCUCGUGGUCAUCAGUAUUCUCUGGAUCCCCAUCAUUCAAUCAGCCAACAGUGGCAAGCUCUUUGACUACAUUCAGUCUGUAACCAGCUAUUUAGCCCCACCAAUCACAGCUCUGUUCAUCUUGGCAAUCUUCUGCAAGAGGAUUAAUGAACCGGGUGCUUUCUGGGGUCUCAUGGUUGGACUGGCUGUUGGUCUCAUUCGGAUGAUCAUGGAGUUUGUUUAUAGCACACCCUCAUGUGGGGAGGAGGACAGAAGACCUGCUGUGCUAAAGGACUUGCACUACCUCUACUUUGCGCUCAUCCUCUGUGUCCUCACUGCCAUUGUCAUUGUCCUUAUAAGUCUUUGCACCCCUCCAAUCCCCGAAGAAAAGCUGGCUUGCCUGACGUGGUGGACCCGCCACAGCAAAGCGCCCGCCAUCGACCUGGAGAGCUUCAAGAGCGAAGCAGCACAGAUCAACCUGGCCAACGGAGAGAGCAGCGUGGUGGGAAGUGCCGAGCUGGGGGACGAGGAGCAGCCAGCCAAGCUUCCUUGCUGGAAAAUGCUCUACUUCUGGUUCUGUGGACUGUCCAGCAGCCCCGUGCCCACACUGUCACAGGAGGAGAGAGCUGCCCUGGAAAAGAAGCUCACCAGUAUUGAGGAAAAACCCCUGUGGAAGAACAUCUGCAACGUUAAUGCUAUUCUCUUGCUGGCCAUUAAUGUCUUUCUGUGGGGCUAUUUUGGCUGAGGGUGGGGAAGCAGCACGUGUCUUUGGUUCCUCUCGCUGGUCCUCG